AUGGCAGCUACGAGGUCACUUAUCCUUUCUUUGUCGAUUCUACUUCUGCUAUGCUUCAACGCUUUCUGUAAGGAAACGCAUGAUCUUGAUGAUGAAGAUCUUAGCUUUCUAGAGGAAGACGAGCUAGAGGAUGCCGGAUCAGCGCAUCACGGUUACGAGGACCAUGAUUUCGAGAAUUAUGAUGAUCUGGAUGAUUUUGGAGACGGGGAGGGAGAAUACCCAGAAUCAGAAUCGGCUCCGGAAGAGGAGAUUGACGAGAGUGAUGUGGUGGUUUUGAAGGGAUCGAAUUUCAGCGAUUUCUUGGAGAAGUAUAGGUAUGUUAUGGUGGAGUUUUACGCGCCGUGGUGUGGCCAUUGUCAAGCUCUGGCACCGGAAUAUGCGGCAGCGGCGACGGAGUUGAAGGCGGACGAGGUCGUGCUGGCGAAGGUGGACGCCGCGGAGGAGACUGAACUGGCCCAAAAGUACAAUGUCGAAGGAUAUCCUACUGUCUUCUUCUUCAUUGAUGGCGUUCAUAAGCCUUAUAAUGGUGCCAGGAACAAGGAUGCUAUUGUGACUUGGGUGAAGAAGAAGAUUGGUCCUGGUCUACACAAUUUAACGACAGCUGAGGAAGCUGAACUUAUAUUAUCUAGCGAGUCACCAGUAGCUGUGGGCUUUGUUGAAAAUUUGGUGGGCCCCGAUAGCGAAGAACUUGCUGCAGCUUCAAAACAGGAAGAUGAAGUAAGCUUCUACCAAACGUCCAAUGCUGAUCUAGCAAAGCUUUUCCAUAUCGACCCACAAGGGAAACGUCCAGCUUUGGUUUUGCUAAAGAAGGAAGAUGAAAAAGUUAGCCACUUUGGAGGCCAGUUCAUAAAAUCAGAUAUAACAGAGUUUGUCUCUAAGAACAAGCUUCCUCUGGUAAUUUACUUCACUCGUGCGAGUUCUUCACAAGUAUUCGAGAACCCAAUCAAGAAUCAGGUGAUCCUUUUUACUACUUUGAAUGAUACGGAUAAGUUUCUUCCCACAUUUCAAGAGGCAGCAAAAGAUUUUAUGGGAAAGGCUCUUUUUGUGUAUGUUCCAAUGGACGAUGAAGAUGCUGGUAAACCAGUUGCAGAAUACUUUAGCAUCGAGGGAGAUACUCCGAGAGUUAUUGCGUUCACCGGAAAUGAUGAUGCUCGCAAGUUCUUUUUGGAUGGUGAAUUGACUUUGAACAACAUCAAGACGUUUGGGGAAAAUUUCCUAGAAGACAACCUCAAGCCCUUCUUCAAAUCUGAUCCAAUCCCAGAAACGAAUGAUGGGGAUGUAAAAAUAGUCGUCGGUAAUAAUUUCGAUGAAAUCGUUUUGGACGAGUCAAAGGAUGUUCUUCUAGAGAUAUACGCUUCAUGGUGUGGCCAUUGCCAAGCACUUGAACCAACUUACAAUAAACUUGCAAAACAUCUUAGAGGCAUCAAUUCCCUUGUUAUAGCCAAGAUGGAUGGCACCACAAACGAACACCCUCGAGCUAAGUCUGAUGGAUACCCGACACUUCUUUUCUUCCCGGCUGGCAAUAAGAGCUUUGAUCCGAUCACAGUAGAUACAGAUAGAACGGUGAAAGCUUUCUACAAGUUCCUCAAGCAACACGCCGCCAUCCCUUUCAAGCUCCAGAAACCGGAGUCAACUCAGAAACCGGAGUCAACUCAGAAGCCCGAGUCAGAAAGCUCCAGCAAUAAAGAACUGAAGGAUGAAUUAUGACUAUAUGAGGUUCCAUAACUUCUGUCCUAACUUCAAAACUAGCAUAUGUUGUUACUACCUGGAAUGGAUAAUAUAUAGAUGGUCAAAAUUCGGAAGUCAAAAUUCGACUUUUUUUUACGCUAUUUUCUGUUAAAAGUCAAAAUUUUACCUGUGAUAUGUAGAAUCUUUGUUCUAUUAACUAUAUGUAUACGAUCGUUCAUCGAAUUGUGUUUUGUUCUUAUGUGUUUA